UGUCUGUGAUUGGUUGAGUUAUGAGGAAGCGGGCGGGUGCUUCCGGUUUGUGGAAUGUUCCUUUAUGGCUUCGUGUGUGUGCUAGAAACUGGGUGAGAUCUCCCGGUACCGGCAGCCCCUGAGCCCUGGUCACGCCCCCAGCUCCUCUCUAGCUCCCAAUUUCCCUCCAUUUCCUUUAGUCGCCCCUAUAUAUUCCCAGGGACCCCUUGUUAUUGGCCGAGGUACCUCAGAGUUUCUGUAAGUGCCCCAGCCCCUCCCCCAGGGGGAACCAGAAGUAAUUAAUGAGCAAUAUUAAUUGAUACCGGUUACAGCUCAACCUCAGGGCAAUAACAUGUAGUGACGUCACUGAUCUGCCCCUGAUACGUCACUGUCCCCUUUAUUGUGUCAGACUCUCCCCAAUAGGCCCAACCCCUGUAAGUAUUGCCCCCCUUCAUUUCUUAUUAGUACAAUCCCCCCUCAGUCACAUUGUCCCCCAAAUUCUCUCUCUAAUCACCCCAACAAUUAGCUGCUCAUGCCCCCAAAUAUCUGGUUACUCUCUGUACCCCAAUACCCCUGUAUAGAGCUGACUGUGUCCCCCAAAGCUGCUGGUUGUCUUUCCUCCCAGCCCCCAGUAUAACAGCAGUAUAGAAGUAUCCGGAGCAACAUGGAGCCCAAAGCCAAGGGGAAGCUGCUGGUCUCCACCGGACUCGACGCCAAAGAUGAGCUGGAAGAGAGGCUGGAGCGCUGCAUGUCGCUGGUGAAUUCCAUGACCAAUGGGGUGUCGGAGCGCGAGUCCAACGAUGCCCUCAAUGCUUACGUGUGUAAGGGAGCCACUCAGCACGAGGAGAUUUGCCUCGGUCUCUUCACUUUGGUCCUGACUGAGCCGGCCCAGGGGCAGAAGAGUUACCGGGACUUGGCGCUGGUUAGCCGCGACGGGCUGAACAUUGUUCUGAAUAAGAUAAACCAGCUUCUCAUGGAGAAAUACCUGAAGCUGCAGGACACCUGCCGGACACAGCUGCUGUGGCUGGUGAGGGAACUUGUGAAAGGAGGCGUUUUGGGAGCAGACGGCGUGUGUAUGACGUUCAUGAAGCAGAUAGCGGGGGGCGAUAUAUCCACCAAGAAUAUCUGGUUGGCCGAGAGUGUUCUGGAUAUUCUGAUGGAGCAGAAGGAGUGGGUGAUGAAGAGCAGUAUCCUGAUAGCCAUGUCUUUGUACACUUACCUGCGUCUCAUUGUGGACCACCACGGGACCCCACAGUUGCAAACGCUGAGACAGAAAGAAGUGGAUUUCUGCAUCAUGCUCCUUAGGGAGCGGUUCAUGGACUGCUUCAUGAUUGGACGAGACCUGGUCCGACUCCUUCAGAAUGUCGCCCGGAUCCCAGAGUUUGACCUGAUCUGGAAGGACAUGCUCCAUAACCCCCAGGCACUGAACCCACAAUUCACAGGAAUCCUGCAGCUCCUGCAGUCUCGUACCUCCCGCAAGUUCCUGGCGUGCCGUCUCACCCCCGAUAUGGAGACCAAACUGCUGUUCAUGACCUCGCGGGUGCGUUUUGGGCAGCAGAAGAGGUAUCAGGACUGGUUCCAGCGGCAGUACCUCUCCACCCCCGACAGCCAAUCCUUACGCUGCGACCUGAUUCGCUAUAUCUGCGGCGUGGUCCAUCCCUCCAAUGAGGUGCUGAGUUCUGACAUCCUGCCACGCUGGGCCAUCAUUGGUUGGCUGCUGACUACUUGCACAUCUAAUGUCGCCGCCUCUAACGCCAAGCUGGCGCUGUUCUACGAUUGGCUCUUCUUCAGCCCAGAGAAGGACAGCAUUAUGAAUAUCGAGCCUGCCAUUCUGGUCAUGCAUCACUCCAUGAAGCCCCAUCCUGCAAUAACUGCCACCCUGCUGGACUUUAUGUGCCGGAUUAUCACCAACUUCUACCCAACCCUGGAAGUGAACGUCAGACAAGGGGUGUUCAGCUCCCUUACUCACAUCAUGGAGAAGCGGGUGCUUGCGCACCUGGCUCCUCUCUUCCAUAACCCCAAAUUGGACAAGGAGUUGCGCUCCAUGCUCCGAGAAAAAUUCCCCGAAUUCUGCUCUCUCCCUUCUCCUGCUUCAGAAAUCAAAACAGAAGAGCCCGUCUCCAUGGAAAUGGAAAACAACAUGGCGGAUAAGGAUGACAGUUGCUAUGACAAUACAGAGGCUGCAUUCAGUGACGAUGAAGAGGAAGUAAAUACCAAAACUAAUGAAACUGGAAAGAAGAGGGAGUUCCGCUUCCACCCGAUCAAGGAGCCAAUCAUUGAAGAGCCUGUGGACAUCUCCCCGUAUGUGGAUCAGCUGGAGGAUCAGCUCAAGGACAAGGUGGUGGCUCUGCAGAAGGAAAGUGACAUGGAGGCUCAGUGUGAGAUCAUGCAGGACAUAGUGGAGCAGAUCCUCGAGGACGACUUUGAUACGGAGCAGUCUUCAGUAGUUGCUUCCUGUCUCCAGGAGUUAUUUAAGGCCCAUUUCCGAGGGGAAGUUCUUCCGGAGGAGAUCACUGAGGAGUCUCUGGAGGAGUCUGUGGGGAAGCCCCUCUACCUCAUAUUCAGGAACCUGAUCCAGAUGCAGGAGGAUAACAGCGGCUUUUCUCUUCUGCUGGACUUGCUGUCAGAGCUGUACCAGAGGCAGCCAAAGAUUGGAUACCACCUCCUCUACUACUUGAAGGCCAGUAAGGCCGCCGCUGGGAAGAUGAACCUGUACGAGUCGUUUGCUCAGGCCACUCAGCUCGGGGAUCUCCACACCUGUCUGAUGAUGGACAUGAAGGCCUGCCAGGAGGAUGAUGUGCGGCUGCUCUGCUACCUGACCCCCUCCAUCUACAGUGAGUUUCCAGCUGAGACGCUCAGGAGUGGGGAGCUGCUCAAUAUGAUUGUGGCUGUUAUAGACUCUGCACAGCUACAGGAACUGGUUUGCCACGUCAUGAUGGGGAACCUGGUGAUGUUUCGGAAAGAUUCAGUGCUGAAUAUUCUGAUUCAGAGUCUGGAUUGGGAGACAUUUGAGCAGUACUGUACAUGGCAGCUGUUCCUGGCGCACAACAUCCCCCUGGAGACCAUCAUCCCAAUCCUGCAGCACCUCAAAUACAAAGAACACCCCGAGGCUCUGUCCUGUCUCCUCCUGCAGCUGCGCCGGGAGAAGCCCAGUGAAGAGAUGGUGAAGCUGGUGCUGAGUCGCCCGUGCCACCCAGAAGACCAGUUCACUACGAGUAUCUUGCGCUACUGGAGCCUCAAGUACGACGAUCACUUGGCCGAGAAUAUCAAGUCUCUGCUCAUCAAGAACAACAGUCUCCCCCGCAAGCGCCAGAGCCUCAGGAGUUCCAGUAGCAAAUUGGCCCAACUGACUCUGGAGCAGAUCCUGGAACAUCUGGAUUGUCUGCGCCUCAACCUGUCCAACAUCAAACAGAACUUUUUCAGCCAGACACCCAUCCUGCAGGCCCUCCAGCACGUGCAGGCCAGCUGUGACGAGGCACACAAGAUGAAGUUCAGUGACUUAUUUGCCCUGGCAGAAGACUAUGAAGACUCUACAAAGCCCCCAAAGAGCCGGCGGAAAGGCCCAAUGACAAGCCCCCGCAGCAGGAAGAAUACGGCCCAGCCCACUAACACAGAGGAGGAGUCUGCAUCUAGUAGCGCGUCGGACGAGGAGGACACAAAGCCAAAAGCGAGUAAGAGGAAGCGCAAAGGAUCGUGUGCUGUGGGAUCAGACAGCGACUGACCAAUUGCAAGGAUUGUUGCAGCAAUGUACUGCAGUGUAAGACUGAGCCUCAAUCAAUUCUCUCUCGUGCCAUUAACCUGGAGGAAUUAGUUGGUCCUUCUCCUGGGGGUGAACUUGCCACAUUUAGGGAUUGAUUGCUAUUGGCUGGCCUGGGGGCCCCUCUCUAUUUGGGGUACCAACCAGCCAGGGACACAGACUCCCCUCCUUCCCUGCUAAGCACGAGGGGGCGGGGACAAGAGCCUAUUUUCAUACACAAUUGUAAAUAAGUUCCUCGUGGGCGGGGCCGGACGCAUCUAUUUCUAGAAUGUUGUUUUUUUUAAAGAAAAAAAUAUUUUAAAACUCAAUAAAACGUUUGUCUGACUGUU